AUGAAGCGUUCCCUUUCAAUUUCACCAGCAACGAGCGAGGACAGGAAGAUGAAAAAGGUGAAGGAGACAGAAAUUGAUGAAGUUUGCGACAAGAAUCGCGGGUUAGCGAGUUUCGAUGAAAACAUGUUGUUUGAGGUUUUGAAACACGUGGACGCUAAAACGUUAGCCAUGGCUGGUUGUGUGAACAAACAAUGGCAUAAAACGGCGCAGGACGAGAGACUUUGGGAGCUGAUCUGUACGAAACAGUGGGCGAACACGGGUUGCGGUGAACAACAGUUGCGAUCUGUGGUUCUUGCACUUGGUGGGUUUCGUCGUCUUCAUUCUCUUUAUAUUUUACCUCUUUCAAAGCCUCAAACAUCAUCAUCGUCAACAUCAACGUCAUCGUGUUCUUCGUCCUCGUCUUGGGGUCCAAUACCGCAGGUGAUUCGGUCGAAACCGUUACCUCGUUUGGGGAAAGACGAGGUUCAUUUAUCUCUUUCUCUUCUCUCUAUUCGUUAUUACGAGAAGAUGAAUUUCAGUAACAGAAACCUAUGA